UUUCACUUUCUCAUAUUCCUUUCCUUCUCCCCCUUCCCAACCUCUCCAACAAUGACUCAUUCCCCUCUUUCCCUUUUUCAAAACCCCUUCCCAUGUCUUCUUCCUCCUCCUAACAAUUCUCUCUCCUCUUUUUCAACACCAUUAUCAUGUCAUCUUCCCUCUUCCUCCUCGUCUUCGUCUCUCUCCUCCCUUUCUCCCUCUCUCAACCUCCUCGCAGAUUUUACAUUAACUGCGGUGGUUCUUCCCCAAUUCAGUACAACGGACAUCGAUGGGUACCGGAUUCGAAUUAUAUCUCCGUAGGGGAGAACAGAACGGUGCCGGAAUCCUCGGUUUUGCCACUCCUGUCAACUGUUCGGUCAUUUGGGCAAGAGGGGAACGCGCAUAUGAAAUUCUGUUACCAAAUUGGACCUGUUAUUCGUUCUGCCAGAUACAUGGUUAGAACGACUUAUUUCUAUGGCGGGGUUAACGGGAACCGCUAUGAAAACCCUCCUGUUUUUGAUCAAAUUGUUGAUGGUACUUUGUGGGGUUUGGUCAAUACAACCGAAGAUUAUGGUCAUAAUAUGAGUACUUAUUAUGAGGGUAUUUUUCGAGCCGUCGGGAGGACGAUGAGUGUUUGUAUUGGGGUUAAUGAGCUUACUGAUUCUGACCCUUUUAUAUCUGCUAUUGAGCUUGUUAUGUUGGAGGCCUCGGUUUAUAAUUCAACCGAUUUCGGGAGUUUUGGUCUGAGCUUGGUUUCCAGGAAUAAUUUUGGAUAUACUGGACGGUUUAUCCGGUCACCAGAUGAUCGUUUUGAUCGCUUCUGGAAUCCUUUUGGACCUCAGCAAGGUGUUGCUCAAGUUCCAAAUGUGUCUGUUUCUGGGUUCUGGAAUCUUCCUCCCGCUCAGAUCUUUGCAACACACCUAACAGUUUCUGAGGGACCUAUGGAGAUUCAGUGGCCUGAUGGACCCCUUUCAAGCUCAACAUACUACAUUGCUUUAUAUUUUGCUGAUGACCGAGCAUCAUCAUCGGGGCGGUCAUUUAACAUUAGCAUUAAUAAUGUGCCAUAUAUGCAUAACCUGACUGUGACUUCAUCUGGUGUGGCGGUGUUUGCAACCCAGUGGCCCUUAGAGGGUCUAACAAGAAUAAGAUUUACACCAAUGGAUGGAUCAGAUGCUAGUCCCCUGAUCAAUGGCGGGGAGAUUUUUAAUGUUUUAGCACUUGGAAAAAGAACCCACGUGCGUGAUGUGAUCGUGUUGGAAACAAUAAAACGCAGUCUUCUGAAUCAUCCAGAAGAUUGGAUUGGUGACCCUUGUUUCCCAGCUGGGUACUCCUGGACUGGGAUUACAUGCUCUAAUGGUACACGGGUUCGCAUUAUCUCCAUAAAUCUGAUGAAUAUGGGUCUUCAAGGAUACUUGUCGCCUGACAUUGCAAAUUUGACUGCGUUGAACACAGUAAUGCUUGGAAAUAACAGCUUAUCUGGAGUUAUACCUUCUAGUGUUAGUCAAUUGAAUCAUCUGGAAAUUUUGGGCUUGGAAAAUAAUCGCUUGAGUGGAACCAUUCCUUCAUCACUUGGAGAAAUCAGAAGUUUGCGUGAACUGCAUCUAGAAAACAAUAAUCUAAAUGGAACUGUUCCUAGUAACCUUCUUCAAAAACCGGGGUUGCGCUUUACGUUCACUCCCGGUAAUAGUUUCUCACAAUCGGCUGGACAAAAUACAUGAUCCUUCCUGAUCCACGAUUACUGAAGAUUACAUGGCUGUCACUACGAUAUGAAAUCGGUAUUUGAUUCAUUUUUUUUGGCAACUUCAAAUACAGCUGGGAACUUCUUGGUAUUUUCUGCUCUUCGCUUCAGAACUACUCCGUAGUUGUCUGAAUCUGAGUAAAAGCUUCUGUGUUUGAACACUUUGAUCUACUUGGUAUAAUUAAUCAAGCUCCCCUAUGCAGCCUGAAAGUCAGGCUGUCAUUUUGUUGUACAGAUUAUUUUCUGAGAGGUGCUUCUGACUUUGUUUAGCUGUAUAUGGUCCCCUUUCCCCAGUAGAGGGGAAGGAAAAGGAGGAAAAACUUGGUUUUGUUUGUAUUCUAUUUUUUUUUUUUCCUGUUUGCUGUUUCACUAUUUUCGGAUAGAACUUAAAUACUGUAAAUGUAACACUUGUUUGCUGUAACUUUGUAAGUAUUCACAUCUUCUGUUUGUUACAAAUGAACCAAACAGAUCAUUUUCGUCGCACUA